AUGGCUCGCCGUCCCGCUCGCUGCUACCGUUAUUGCAAGAACAAGCCCUUCCCCAAGUCGCGGUACAAUCGUGGUGUCCCCGACGCCAAGAUUCGUGCCUACGAUUUGGGCCGCAAGCGUGCUUCCAACGACGAGUUCCCUCUCUGCGUCCACUUGGUUUCCAACGAGUUGGAGCAGCUUUCUUCCGAGGCUCUUGAGGCCGCUCGUAUUUGCGCCAACAAGUACAUCACCAAGAUGUCUGGUCGUGAGUCCUUCCACAUGCGCAUCCGUGUCCACCCCUUCCACGUCCUCCGUAUCAACAAAAUGUUGUCGUGCGCCGGUGCCGAUCGUCUGCAGCAGGGUAUGCGUGGUGCCUGGGGUAAGCCCGCUGGGUUGGCCGCCCGUGUCGACAUUGGUCAGAUUCUGAUCUCUGUCCGCACCAAGGACUCCAACAAGGCUGUUGUCAUUGAGGCUCUCCGCCGCUCCCGUUACAAGUUCCCCGGUCAGCAGAAGAUCAUCAUCUCCAAGAAGUGGGGCUUCACUCCUCUUGACCGUGACCAGUACAUCGCCCGCCGCCAGGCCGGUGAGAUCAAGGACGAUGGCGCCUACGUCAAGUUCCUUACCAAGAAGGGUCCUCUUGCCGAGAACGUUGCUGAGUUCCCUGAGGCUUUCACCGCCUAA